UCCCCGCGCCGAGCUCUGUGUCGCCGCCGUCGCCUAGGCGGUUGGGGGUCGGUGGGGCGGCGCGGGCGGGGGUCGCUGCGCGGGGCGGCGAGCCUCUGUUUUGUCUCCUCCUCUCCCUGUGGAGCGGCUUGGGCUGCUGGGGAGGCCCCGGCUCCCUCCGGACGCUCGGCCAACGGCGCGGCUGCUAGUCCGCGGCCCUGCUGAGAGGGAAAAGGACGCCGCGGUCUUCCCAGGCGUCGCGGAGAGCAGUUCCAAAGAACUACUGGUUCAGAUUUUAGCUCUUCCGAAGUUGUGAAAACAGUGAAGGAUGCUUAGACUACUUAACAUACAAACUGGUCCCUGGUUAAUCAUCUUUAGAAGACUGGAUUUCUGGAUAUCUACUGCACUCCGUCUCUAUUGACUUUUAAAACAUGAUAAUGCAAACCUAUAACACUGGCAACCAUCAAUGAACCUUUAAUUUCAUUGAUUAAUAGCGUUUGAAGCUUCCUCAGGGAAUAACAAUGACAUCAGCAGUGGUUGACAGUGGAGGUACUAUUUUGGAGCUUUCCAGCAAUGGAGUAGAAAAUCAAGAGGAAAGUGAAAAGGUUUCUGAAUAUCCAGCAGUGAUUGUGGAGCCAGUUCCAAGUGCCAGAUUAGAGCAGGGCUAUGCAGCCCAGGUUCUGGUUUAUGAUGAUGAGACUUAUAUGAUGCAAGAUGUGGCAGAAGAACAAGAAGUUGAGACCGAGAAUGUGGAAACAGAAAUCCUCCCUGUGGCACAAAAGGACUCCUUUAAUUAAAAAAUAUUGUUGCCACAGGGAGGUAGAAGAUCGACAUGAAAAACUGGGGAUCUGAAAAGGAGCCCCUAUCCUAGGAUUACCUGAAGGUGAAACAGAUUGAGCCAGAAGGAAGACAAUGCUGUGGAAGCAUCAGUUCAUAGCAGUAAUGCACACUGUACAGAUAAGACAAUUGAAGCUGCUGAAGCCCUGCUUCAUAUGGAAUCUCCUACCUGCUUGAGGGAUUCAAGAAGUCCUGAAUUUAUCCAUGCUGCUAUGAGGCCAGAUGUCAUUACAGAAACUGUAGUGGAGGUGUCAACUGAAGAGUCUGAACCAAUGGAUACCUCUCCUAUUCCAACAUCACCAGAUAGCCAUGAACCAAUGAAAAAGAAAAAAGUUGGCCGUAAACCAAAGACCCAGCAAUCACCAAUUUCCAAUGGGUCUCCUGAGUUAGGUAUAAAGAAGAAACCGAGAGAAGGAAAAGGAAACACAACCUAUUUGUGGGAGUUUCUUUUAGAUCUACUUCAAGAUAAAAAUACUUGUCCCAGGUAUAUUAAAUGGACUCAGAGAGAAAAAGGCAUAUUCAAGCUGGUGGAUUCAAAGGCUGUCUCUAAGCUUUGGGGAAAGCAUAAGAACAAACCAGACAUGAACUAUGAAACCAUGGGACGAGCUUUGAGAUACUACUACCAAAGGGGAAUUCUUGCAAAGGUUGAAGGACAGAGGCUUGUAUAUCAGUUCAAGGAUAUGCCCAAAAACAUAGUGGUCAUAGAUGAUGACAAAAGUGAAACCUGUAAUGAAGAUUUAGCAGGAGCUACUGAUGAAAAAUCAUUAGAACGAGUGUCACUGUCUGCAGAAAGUCUCCUGAAAGCAGCAUCGUCUGUUCGCAGUGGAAAAAAUUCAUCCCCUAUAAACUGCUCCAGAGCAGAGAAGGGUGUCGCUAGAGUUGUGAAUAUCACUUCCCCUGGGCACGAUGCUUCAUCCAGGUCUCCUACUACCAAUGCAUCUGUGUCAGCAACAGCAACUCCAAGGACAGUUCGUGUGGCAAUGCAGGUACCUGUUGUAAUGACAUCAUUGGGUCAGAAAAUUUCAACUGUGGCAGUUCAGUCAGUUAAUGCAGGUGCACCAUUAAUAACCAGCACUAGUCCAACAACAGCGACCUCUCCAAAGGUAGUCAUUCAGACAAUCCCUACUGUGAUGCCAGCUUCUACUGAAAAUGGAGACAAAAUCACCAUGCAGCCUGCCAAAAUUAUUACCAUCCCAGCUACACAGCUUGCACAGUGUCAACUGCAGACAAAGUCAAAUCUGACUGGAUCAGGAAGCAUUAACAUUGUUGGAACCCCAUUGGCUGUGAGAGCACUUACCCCUGUUUCAAUAGCUCAUGGUACACCUGUAAUGAGACUAUCAAUGCCUACUCAGCAGGCAUCUGGCCAGACUCCUCCUCGAGUUAUCAGUGCAGUCAUAAAGGGGCCAGAGGUUAAAUCGGAAGCAGUGGCAAAAAAGCAAGAACAUGAUGUGAAAACUUUGCAGCUAGUAGAAGAAAAACCGGCAGAUGGAAAUAAGACAGUGACCCACGUAGUGGUUGUCAGUGCGCCUUCAGCUAUUGCCCUUCCUGUAACUAUGAAAACAGAAGGACUAGUGACAUGUGAGAAAUAAAAUAGCAGCUCCACCAUGGACUUCAGGCUGUUAGUGGCAGUACUGACAUAAACAUUUGCAAGGGAAGUCAUCAAGAAAAGUCAAAGAAGACUUUAAAACAUUUUUAAUGCAUAUACGAAAACAAUCAGACUUACUGGAAAUAAAUUACCUAUCCCAUGUUUCAGUGGGAAAUGAACUACACAUUGAGAUGCUGACAGAAAACUGCCUCUUACAGUAGGAAACAACUGAACCCAUCAAUAAGAAAAAGGAUUGAAAGGGACCAAGCAGCUCACUACGAUAUCAAGUUACACUAAGACUUGGAACACUAACAUUCUGUAAGAGGUUAUAUAGUUUUCAGUGGGAGGGGUUGGGAUGGGUGAUCUUAUUGUUACAUAUAGCAAUUUUUGAUGCAUUUUAUAUGCAUACCAGCAAUUAUUACUGUGUUCGCACAGUUCUCACUUAACUGGUGCUAUGUGAAGACUCUGCUAAUAUAGGUAUUUUAGAAUGUGAAUUGAAGAAUGGAUCCCAAAAACUUCAGAAAGAGGAUAGCAAAAAAAGAUCUAGUGCGAUUUUUAUAUAUAUAUAUAUACACACACACAUAUAUAUAUAUCAUAUAGCUUAAGCUGAUUUAAAACAAAGGCCUUAGACUAAUUUUCGGUUUUCUUUCUUGAAAUAAGCUAAUGGCUUGUUUGUGUAAAGCUUUUUUAUUAAAAGAAAAAUUUUAAAAAUCUUGUACCUAGCACAGUAUUGUUAUAGAAUUUACAUGUAACAUUUUAUAUGGUAGUUUAAGUCUGUCAGUUUCUUAAUUGUGGACAGAUUAACAGUUGGCUCUGGCCUUUUGCUGUAACAUGCCUGUGUCACUCAGCCCUGGCAUUUGUGCAGACAUAUCAUUUUCAGUUCUGCUGUCACUUGGAAGUUCAGGCUCAGCAUGAAUUUUUGUCAGGUAGCUCUAAUACCUGGAGUUUUCUUUCUUUCUUUCUUUCUUUUUCAGUUGAAGUUUAUGAGGGAAAUACCAGUGUUCAGAUUUGAACUAUAAUAGUUUGUAUAUUCAACAUUUGAAGUAUAUUCUAUUUUGUUGUACUCUUGUUUCAAAGUGUAUUCAAGUAGGUUUUCUGAAAUAUAGAAAUGAAAUUUAUCUUCUGUUUUGGUCUCUGGUGAUAUUUUUAACAAUAUUUAAAAGCCAGCAUAGACGUGUUUUAGUUAAGAAGUGAUAAAAUAUCUCUAUUUCUCCUUCCCAACUACUGCAUGAAGAAAUUCUACUUCUGUUUUGUUCCAUUAUAUUAACAUUUGGCAAAUAUCUGCAUGUUGCCAGUUUCUUUCUAGUUGUAAUGAUGUUCUGCUUAACAUAAUGAAUUUAGUAUUUUAGUUGGCUGCACUUAAAGAAUUUAUAAAACACUUCAAACCAUUUGUUUCACAAUCAGACCUUUUGUGGAGAAAAAGAACAAUUACUCUUCUAGCCCUUUUACAGAUUAGGAAGUUAAGGUAUCUGAAGGAUUAUAUAAACUAUGUAAUUUCACUACUGUCUGUCACUACAUAUCUUAAUGCUCUUUUCUACUACAAAGAAAAGGUAUCUAUUUUUACAUCUUUUAGAAAUUUAGAUGAAAUCAUACUUAAUAUUUUUUGUCUUUUAUUUGUACAUUUGAUCACAUACUACUUAGGUCAGAGAUUGUUUAUAACAGUUCCCUUUGUAAUCUGUUAAACUUUUCCAUAAAUGUGUUGAUGAUACUUUUAUACAAAAGCUCAAAGAAAAACUCACUUGAUUCUUUUCCCAUUUGGGAGUUACUCUCAAAUUCUACCUCCUUUUAAAACAUUUCCAAAAUAUUUCAGGUUUGAAAAUUGUGCUUUGGCACUUAAGUGUAUUAUCUUGUUUAUUGCACUGUGACUUCAUUUGUUUAGUCAUGUCUUCCGUAAUGGUCAUUUAGAGCAACAAUUAUUUUAUGCUAUACCUACCCCUCUCCCCAAGUGCUAAGCAUAUUAGACACUCGGGUCAGACAUUUAUUGAUUUUGGGAACAUUUGCUGAGAAUAUAAGUUACAUGCUUAAAGACUUUCCUUCUAUGCUGGAUUCUUAAUUGGUUCUAACAGGGUUAAACCAGGGCUAUCCAGCUACCUCUGCUACUCUACUGGAAAUUUUUUUCUCUUUGAUAAUAAGCACAUCUAAAGUCUAGACCUGGGGCCAGGUGCAGUGGCUCACGCCUGUAAUCCCAGCACUUUGGGAGCUGAGGCGGGUGGAUUGCUUGAGGCCAAGAGUUUGAGAUCAGCCUUGCCAACAUGGUGAAACCCCGUCUCUACUAAAAAUAGAAAAAUUAUCCAGGAGUGGUGGCACAUGUCUGUAAUCCCAGCUCCUCAGGAGUCUGAGGCACAAGAACCUCUUGAAUCUGGGAGGUGGAGGUUGCAGUGAGCCAAGAUGAUGCCACUGCAUUCCCUCCAGCCUGGAUGACAGUGAGAUUGUCUCAAAGAAAAAAAAAAAAAAGUCUAGACUUGGAAACAUACAUAUUGACAGUAUAUACUGAUCAGAAUGUUGCAGAUUGAAAUUAUCAAUGAUGUGCCUCACCCCCAUCCUUCCUGCCCUUUUAAUGUUAUGGCUUUUAAUCUGAGCCCUUUCAAACUGUAAAUCAACAUAAUUUAUAGUUGCUUUUUUGUGUCCAGUCUGUUAGAGGGAAAAAAGCCCACAUAACCUUGGCUUGAUGCUACUACAUUUUCUAGCCUUACUAGAUCUUUAAAUUAUGAUCAGUAGUCUAUCAGUUUAUUCUUUAGGCCACUUUCCAGCAACAAUUCCAGCCACACCAGAUAACCAGUAUACCUCUAUACAGAGAACUUGGUCAUGAGCUGUGAAUUCCCUCCAUUCCUGGACCCCUUGCUACAGAUGAUUUACUUACUCCAACAUCCAUCCUUACCACCUGUCUCAGGAAGGAGGUGCCCUUCCUCCUGUACUCAGCAUCUUUCUUUCACACCUACUUGGUCUCCUUGCUCCCACAAUUAAUAGCCUAUCAUUCUGUCCCUUCUUUUUCUUCAAACAGCCUGCAGUCUGAAUUCUUGCUUAGAAACAGUUCUCCGUGAGAUCUCCAAUAACACAGUUGUCAAAUUAAACAGACACUUUGGUUCACUUAAUCUCAUGCCUACUUCUCAAAACUCAUUUGGUUUCCCAUGUUUACUUUCUGCCUAACCAACUUAAUUUUUCUUUGUUCUUUCUGCCUAUGGGCUUCUUUUCCUCAUAGAAUUGUUUUAAGGAUUAAAUGAGUUAAUAUAUUAAGGAUUUGUAACUAGUGUCUGGCACAUAGAAAACACUCUUAUUGGACGUUUACUAUUAUUAUUUCACUAACAUAAUUGUUAGAUAAUCUCACCCAUGCCUGUGGUUUUUAUUACCAAAUCUAUUGUUAAAGCGUA